AUGCGUCCGUCUCAGGCUCUCCGCAGUGGCGGCGGUGGCGACACCCCGCUAGGCAAAUACAACCACUACAUUGGCGACUGGGGUAGCAUGGGCCCGAAGAUCCAGUCGCAGCGCGGCAUCAUCUCGUACGGCAUUGCCCCCAACCGCCAGAACCCCUUUGCUCACGCCGGCCAUGACGCCAUCUUCAACUCCUGGCGGCGGGUUUCCCGGCAGGUUCUCUACUGGGCACCUACAGCCGUUGCUGGCUACUUCAUCAUGUCCUGGGCAUUCGAGCGGAAUCACUACCUCAACUCCAAGGCCGGCCGUGCUGAGACCGCCGCAAACGAGGAGUAA